CACGGGACGGGGCGGGCGGGGCCCCGGAUGGAGGCCGCCGACGCCAUUUAGACAUCGGGUGCCGUGCCGGUGCCGCUGGGGAGGGGGGGGGCUGGUGGUAUCUGUUCGUGCCGUCGCCAUGAGGCGCCUGUCGCAGCUGGUGUUGUUCGCCCUCCUCGUCUUUCCCGCCGCACUGCUGCUUGGGGGAGCCCGCGGCGGUUCAGGGUCAGGUUUAUUAGUUGCAGCUCAAGAUGCUACAGAGGAUGAGGAAGCUGUAGAAGAUACUGUAGUUGAAGAUGAAGAUGAUGAAGCUGAAGUUGAAGAAGAUGAGCCAACAGACUUGACAGAAGAAAAAGAGGAAGAAGACUUAUCAGGAGAACCUAAAGCCUCACCUAGUGCUGAUACAACAAUCUUAUUUGUGAAAGGUGAAGACUUCCCAGCGAACAACAUUGUAAAAUUUCUGGUGGGCUUCACCAAUAAGGGUACUGAGGAUUUCAUUGUAGAGUCUCUUGAUGCCUCUUUCCGAUAUCCUCAAGACUACCAGUUUUAUAUCCAGAACUUCACAGCUCUCCCUCUGAAUACAGUAGUUCCACCACAGAGGCAAGCCACGUUUGAGUACUCAUUCAUCCCUGCUGAGCCCAUGGGUGGUCGUCCUUUUGGACUGGUGAUCAAUCUCAACUACAGAGAUGUAAAUGGCAAUGUGUUCCAAGAUGCUGUCUUCAAUCAAACUGUCACAAUUAUUGAAAAAGAAGAUGGGCUGGAUGGAGAAACGAUCUUCAUGUACAUGUUCCUUGCUGGACUUGGUCUACUUGUCAUUGUUGGCCUACAUCAGUUACUAGAAUCUAGGAAGAGGAAAAGACCAGUACAGAAAGUAGAGAUGGGAACAUCCAAUCAGAAUGAUGUUGAUAUGAGCUGGAUUCCCCAAGAAACUUUAAAUCAAAUAAAUAAAGCAUCACCAAGGAGGUUGCCCUACAAGAGGGCACAGAAGAGAGCAGUGGGCUCUGAUGAGUAAAUGUUAACUAGUACAACAGUUGAACCUUUACUAAUCCUGCCUGUUGGGUUUUUUUGGAUUGGAGUAGUGCAGAGAAUCCAUAUCACCAUAAGGAAAAUACUGCUAAACAUUUGGACUGAACAGAUUAACUGAAUGGUGUUAAUAUUACUGAAAUGCACUUCUUUUUUUUUUUUUUUUUUUUUUUGUUAAUUGGCAGGGGGGUGGGAGGGAGGUGGCCAUUAAGAUUUGUGCCUGCGUGUGUAAGCAGUUGGGUUUUAACAGAACCGUGUUACCUGAAAUGUGCCUUUAGAGUUCUUUGUAAUGCUGGUUUGUCAUCUGUACACAUCUUGAAGGAUUUUCCUCCUUCCCCUAAUCUGAAUGUCUGCUGACUUCUUCUGUCUGGAUUGUGUCAUGUCUGUAUCAGAAUCUGUAUGUAUUUUUCUUCUUCAGUAACUUUAUUCUCUACGGUGUGCACACACUGCAGUUUGUGUGUGUUGGUCCUAUUUCAGUGGCAAAGCCCUGAGCAUCUAGAUUUGUGCAUAGUUUGCAUUCUAAAGGCACAAUUGGGUAUAGCUGCUCAUAGUGGUAGAUAUUUUGCUGCUGUUUUGACCUGGGCAUGCAGUGACCUAAAAAUCUGAACUUAACCUGCAUAGCUGCUAGGAAAACUCUUACACAGCAGCAGAACUUGUGAAGCAUGGAAUUUGUGUGCUGAAUUGGUAUUACUACAUAAAUUUUUUUUUAUACCCAACUUGUUAAAUGGUUAGUUAUUGAGUCGUGCCAGCAGCUUAGGUAUUCUGAUUGUAGUGGUGGCUCUGCAAUGUUUACUCAAGAAAUAAUUGAAUAAGCCAGAACAACUUUUAAGUUCUCUCAAAAAUUAGAAUGUCAUCUGUAUCAAAAUAUGGACUUUCUUAAAGCUUUACAUGAGGCAAGGACUUUGCAUUUACUGUACAUACUUGAAACUUAAUUUGAAAAAAUGUUGGCUUCAUUUUUCUAUUAUUAUUUUUUCACCCUUUACAGUUUUUAAAUCUCAGACUUCUUUCCACUGGUCAGUACAUUGGGCUGAGGGUUGGUGCUUUUUUUAAAAAUCACCUUGUCUUUCCUACUAGUCACACAGAUGCCCAUUAUUAACUACAUGUUGGGUCAGUACUAAAGCAGAAAAGCUAUAUGCAAUAAAAAUGGAAUUAUCUUCUUUGGAGGCACAGCUUACAAGAUUGCCAGGUACUGGGGGUAUUGGUCCACACCCACUGCAUUCAGGAAUGUCAUUGACAGUAAAAGCAGCAGAUAGUUCAGUGUCACUUUGCUGCCAUUCAGGCACUAAGGUAAGGCUUGAAUUUAUUUGCAUCUGAACUGCAUCUCUUCCUGUGUCCAAAGGUUAACAGGAACUGUGCUGAGUUCAGGAAGAGCCAUUGAUUUGAGACCUCUGUUUUCCUCUUUUCCACAUGUGAAAGUGCUGUUUCAGGUUUAUAUUUGCUCUGCCAGGGCUGAGCUGUUGAGGCAGUGAAUCCUGAGCAAUAUUUGCAAAUUAUUGUGUAAUGUGUUUGAAGCAUCUAAACUCAGAACUACCUGCACUUGACACUGUUUUACUAUAAACUUUGCCAGAAUGAACUCUUGAUGCAGCUUGCUAUGGAAAAGACAAGUAUAGGAAAAGCAACCCCACAGAGGCUUUGUUCAGCUUCCUGGCAAUACAGCAAGCACAGGCUGUUUUCAAUAGUUAAGAUUUCUGAAUUGUUGCACAGAUCACUUAACACAGUUGAGUGCUACCCAAGGGGCAUACCUAAGUGAUACAAUAAGAGGUUUGUCCAUUCAAAUUGUUUGGAGAAACUUUGCCUUCAGUGAUGUCCUCUGACUGGGCCUGCAGUAGUUUUGUGGGCUUCUAUUCAAGAUUGCACUGAUUCAACAAAGUGCUGAAGUAUUAAAUGCUUUGUAUGAUAAAGCCCUGUAGCUAUUGCAGCACCUGAUGCACUGAACUUCUGAGUUCCCUCUGGGAUUAUGUUUGACUAUUUUUUUUUUUUUUUUUUUUUUACCUUCUGGUAAUAGGUCAUCCUAAACUGUAUAAUCUUAAUUCUUCCCAAGAUAGGAAGGGUCUUUUGAGGGGCCUCUGAUGACAGUGGCUCUAGAUAGUUGUACUCCAGGAAAAAAAGACAAAGGCUCAGAACAGAGGAUACUAGUUGAUCAUACCCUAUUUUUUUGUUCAGAUAAAUAGUUUAGCUCUUAGUGAUUGAGUUUUGGGGCAAACCUUACACUGACCAGGAUUUAGGAAGAGUUGGGGGACUGAAGCACAGUACAAAUAAGUAUUUGAAGGUUGCAGCUUUCUUCUCUGCACUCAGUGGUUAAUGCCCAAAUGCUUAUUCUAAGCAUGAAAACAGAGGAGAGAGUUAAGCAUCUUAAAGAAGAACUAGUAGCAGGAACUCCAGUUUUACCCAGACCGUCUCUCUGAUCAUAUACACUUUGUCAUUCACUGUCAGUGGUUCAUAGUAACUUUCUCAGCCAGCAGUUCAUAAUAAGAGGGCCCAGCAGCUGACUGAUUACUGCUCCUGAUAAAUGAAGUAACAGUUCUGAGAUUUGUUUCUUGUUAGUUUGCUGUAGUUGAAAUUCAGCAAUAACAACCUAGUGUGUAGUGCUAAUAGAACUUUGGCAUCUCUUGCAUUAUUUCUGGUGAUUAAAGCAGGCUGCUACACUUGGAUUUCUUCAAAUGGGAGAACGUAAUUGUUGCUGGUUAACUUUUAGUUUGGUACUUGAAUUUUCUACUCAAUUUUAAGCACAUACAAAUAGCUUUUUUCAUGGGGGUCUUUCUGGUUAUCAUUAUUGCAGUUAUCAUCUGAGUAGGAUAUAGUUUCAUCAAACAAAUUGCAAUCCUGUCUCUGUGCCACUCCCAUGUGGUAGCAGAAGCAUUUGUAUAAUACAGCACUGUUACCAGCCUGGUUUUCAGCAAUCUUGCUGUGCUGCCACACAACUCACACAAUUGCUGCUCACAUGAGGUUAUGAGGAGCAAGGAUUGAAAGCUGUGGACUAAGGUUUUCUCCAUAAUAGUAAAAGAGUCUUUUAGACUACAAAUAAAAUAAAAUACAGCCUUA